AUGUUAAUGAUGACAAAUCAAAAGACAAGGACAAAAAGGCUGAUGAAGCAAAUACGGAAGAGAGAGGGGGCAACUAAAGCCAAUGAGGAAUCCCAACUUGUUGUAGAAAAUGCAGAUGCAAAGGAAAAUAAGGAUGAGAAGAAUGAUAAGGAUUCCCAAGUGGCAGAGAAUAAAACCGAGGCCAAGGAAGGAGACAAAGAUGCAGCUAACAAGGAGGCUGUACAAAAAACAGAAUCUGAGAAGACAGAGGCUUCUUCUGAAGCCAAGGCAGAACCUCAGAGCGCGGAACCCCCUGCAUCUAAACAAGAGGAACCAGCAGCUGCAGUUUCUGCUGCACCUGCCAGUAGCGAAGCCUCUAAACCUUCAGAAGCACCAGCACCAAGUAAAGUAGAGGAGAAGAGCAAGGAGGAUGGGGAAGCCAAAAAGACUGAGGCUCCCUCCGCUCCAGAGGCCAAAACUGAGUCUGCUCCAGCUGCAGACUCUAAACCUAGCAGUGAGCCUGCUCCAUCUUCCGUGAAGUCUCCAGAACCUGAAGCACCUAGUUCUUCUACUAAGGCCUCUGAGCCUGCAGGACCAGCUGAUGAAGUUAAAGCUACUGAAACCCCAGCAGCUAAUUCUGAUCAAACCGUAGCAGUUCAAGAGUAA